ACUCACGCGACAUGAAGCAAUACGUGAAACACCUGCGACGCGUCUUCGAAAUUCUUCGUCGAGAACAAUUCUACGUCAAACUGUCCAAGAGCGAAUUCGCCCUUGAGAAGGUCCAGUUCCUAGGACACUUGGUGAGCGCUCAAGGAGUUCACGUCAACCCCAAGAAAAUCGAAGCCGUACAUAUGUGGAAGACACUCGAGAACGUGAAGGAGUUGCAGCAGUUCCUAGGCUUCGCCAAUUACUACAACAGGUUCGUGCCACAGUAUGCGAAAAUCGCAGCGCCACUCACGAAUCUGCUGAAAAAGAACACACCCUACAAAUGGGAGCCAAAGCACCAAGAAGCCAUGGAGCAGCUGAAGCAAGCACUUACGUCCGCACCAGUACUCAUCUUGCCAGAUCCCGAACGCGACUACGUCAUCGAAGCUCACUCCAGCGACCAGGCAGUGGGAGCAGUCUUAAUGCAAGACCAAGGGAAUGGAUUGCAACCAAUCGCUUACCUGAGUAAGAAACUACACGGGGCAGAACUCAACUACCCGAUACACGACAAUGAGGCCCUUGCCAUCAUCAUCGCCUACAAAGCGUGGAGACGUUAUCUCGAAGGACGAAGAACAACCGUCUACACCGACCACUGCAGCCUGAAAUACUUGAAGACACAACCCAACCUUUCCAGGCGGCAGGUCCGGUGGAUCGACUUCCUCGAGACAGACUUCCACUACGACAUCGUGUACAAGCCUGGCCACAAAAACAAAGCAGACGCUCUCAGCCGGCCUGCACACGUUGCUGCUAUUCAGAUCGAAGGGAUGAAUCCACUAUUCAGGGGACUCUUCACACACGGGUACGCCACCGACCCCAAAAUUCCCUUAGCAGAAAAGCGACAUCUACUACAAUGGGAUAACGACAUCGCGUACCGGAAAGGAUCAAUGAAGAUCUGGGUAUCAAAUUACCCUCCUUUGCGCCAGUUACUACUCGAAGAAUACCACGACGUCCUCUACGCCGGACACUUCGGUAGCAACAAGACGCUGACCGAUAUCGCAAAGCACUACUACUGGCCCCACUUGGCAGAAGGUGUUCAGAAGUUUGUCACCUCGUGUGAUACAUGUCAGCGGAUGAAGAGCAGCAAGCAGAAAAAGGCGGGACUACUGCAGCCUCUUCCUGUCCCAGAACAGCCAUGGCAUGUGGUUAGCCUGGACUUCAUCACCGGGUUACCACCUACCACCAGCGGUCAUGACGCAAUCCUUGUCGUCAUCGACAAGUUCUCCAAAAUGGGACACUUCAUCCCGACACACACGACAGCACGACACCGAGGAGACAGCACAACUAUUCGUUCGAUACAUCAUCUCACAGCAUGGCAUUCCAACCACACUUAUCUCCGACCGAGACUCCAAGUUCACCAGCAAGUUUUGGAAGGAACUUAUGUCUCUACUUGGGACCAAACUCGCCAUGUCAUCCGCUUACCAUCCGCAGACAGACGGACAGACCGAGCGCCUCAACCAGAUUGUCGAGCAACUCCUCCGAGCAGCCUGCAAAGACGAGAUCUCCAAAUGGGACUUGCACCUGCCCGUACUAGAGACGUGAAGCGAACCGACACCGGGUUCCUGGCGAUAGCAACAGAGGAGGAGAACGACGGAGAGAAGACCUCGGAACCUCCGGAAAAAAUCAAGGAUUUGCUGAGAGAGUUCCAAGACAUUCUUCCUGACGAUCUUCCGAACGGGCUCCCGCCGUACCGAACGCAUCAACACGAGAUCGUGGAGGAACCAGGUUCGAAGCCGACCUUCCGAGCACCAUACCGGCUCAGCCCUACGGAACUGACCGACAUGAACAAACAGAUUGAGUAUAUCCUCGCCAAAGGGCUCAUCCGACCAUCCACUUCACCAUACGGUGCCCCAGUGCCCUUCACACGGAAACCGGACGGAAGCUUGCGCAUGUGCAUCGAUUACCGAGCUCUUAACAAGCAGACCAUCAAGAAUAAAUAUCUGAUACCACGAAUCGAUGUCCUGCUUGACCAGCUUCGGGGAGCUACGAUAUUUUCCAAAUUGGAUCUGCGGUCCGGAUACUGGCAGAUACGGAUGGCAGACAACUCUAUCCACAAAACUGCUUUCCGAAGUCGGUAUGGAUCGUACGAGUAUUGGGUAAUGCCAUUCGGACUCACCAACGCACCGGCAACAUUCCAAGCCGAAAUGAACCACAUUCUACGACCACUUUUGGACGAGUGCGAGGUGGUGUACCUGGACGACAUCCUCAUCUACUCGCGCGACAUGAAGCAGCACGUCGAGCACCUGCGACGCGUCUUCGAAAUUCUUCGACGAGAACGAUUCUACGUCAAACUGUCCAAGAGCGAAUUCGCCCUUGAGAAGGUCCAGUUCCUAGGACACAUGGUGAGCGUUCAAGGAGUUCACGUCGACCCAAAGAAAAUCGAAGCCAUACGUACGUGGAAGACACUCGAGAAUGUGAAGGAGUUGCAGCAGUUCCUAGGCUUCGCUAAUUACUACAAGAGGUUCGUGCCACAGUAUGCAAAACUCGCAGCACCACCCACGAAUCUGCUGAAGAAGAACACGCCCUACAAAUGGGAGUCGAAGCACCAGGAAGCGGGGCUCUUCACACACGGGUACGCCAUCGACCCCGAAAUUUCCUUGGCUGAAAAGCGACACCUGCUACAGUGGGACAGUGACAUCGCGUACCAGAAAGGAUCAACAAAAAUCUGGGUACCCAAUUACCCUCCUUUGCGCCAGUUACUACUCGAAGAAUACCACGACGUCCUCUACGCCGGACACUUCGGUAGCAACAAGACGCUGACCGGUAUUGCAAAACACUAUUACUGGCCCCACUUGGCAGAGGAUGUUCAUAAAUUUGUCACCUCGUGUGAUACAUGUCAGAGGAUGAAGAGCAGCAAACAGAGGAAAGCGGGACUGCUGCAGCCUCUUCCUGUCCCAGAACAGCCAUGGCAUGUGGUUAGCCUGGACUUCAUCACCGGGUUACCACCUACCACCAGCGGUCAUGACGCAAUCCUCGUCGUCAUCGACAAGUUCUCCAAAAUGGGACACUUCAUCCCGACACACACGACAGCACUCACCAAGGAGACAGUACAACUCUUCGUUCGUUACAUCAUCUCACAGCAUGGCAUUCAAACCACACGCAUCUCCGACCGAGACCCCAAGUUCACCAGCAAGUUUUGGAAAGGACUCAUGUCUCUACUCGGGACCAAAAUCGCCAUGUCAUUCGCCUGCCGUCCGCAGACAGACGGACAGACCGAGCGCCUCAACCAGAUUGUCGAGCAACUCCUCCGAGCAGCCUGCAAGGACGAGAUCUCUAAAUGGGACUUGCACCUGCCCGUUCUAGAGUUUGCUUACAACAACGCUACAAAUGCCGCUACUGGACAGACGCCGUUCUUCCUCUGCUACGGACGCCACCCACUCACACCACAGAAAGCGACAGCAUCAGCUACAGUCCAACCUGCACACGAUUUCAUCACAACCAUGCCUCAGCUUUGGGAUCGGACCCACAAGCGCCUCCUUGAAAUUCAACAGCAACAGAAGCGCCAGGCCGGUCGCCAUCGCAACGACCACACCAUCACCAUGGGAGACCAGGUGCUCCUCGACACCCGCAACCCUAACAUUAGCCAUCUCCCAUCUAAACUUCGACCUCACUUCUGCGGGCCUUUCCUCGUUGAAGCACAAGUCACUCCUGUUACCUUCUGCUUAUGCCUACCAGUUACUUGGAAGAUUCACAACGCCUUCCAUGUCCAAUUUCUGAAGCCCUAUCAGGAUCCAAACACAAUCUUUGUUGGAGGCCAACCGCCGCCGCCGCCGCCCGUCCUCGUCCAGAAUGAACCCGAGUACGAGGUCGAGUCCGUGCUUGCACACCGCCGUCAUCGGAAUGGCACCGUAGAGCUUCUUAUUCGUUGGAAAGGUUAUGAUCCUUCUGAGGACAGUUGGGUACCUAAGACCGACAUGGGUAACGCCCGUUGUCCUCUGCAUGACUACCUU